CUGCUAGCUGUGAAUGGGUUAAAAAAACGCGGUUGGAUUGUAGGUUGUCGAAUGCCGUCUCGCAACGGUUGGCCACGAUUUGAAUCGAAUAAUGUGGUGUUAAUUGAUGAUGAUGGAAAUCCUCUGGGCUCGAGAAUCCUUGUUCCUAUUCCCUCCAAGUUGCGCUCAUUGCAGUCCACUAAAGACAUUACGAAAAUCUUGUCAAUUGCCACUACCUUCGUGUAG